AUGGAGAACCCGCACAACGAACGGCAAGCCGUGUUGCUCGAGCGGAUUGUGAAGAACAGCAACAAGGCCACGGAGCUCUUCAUGGAGCUGAACAGGGCUCUUGAGGAAAUCCAUCGCGCGAACGCGUCCAUCCGCACCGCGGCAGAUCUCGUCACGAAAUACAGGCAGAACGUCAAGUUCAACUUUGAGGUGCAGGGUUCGUCCGAGCCGAAACACGAUGUAUAG